UUCGGCGGUAGGCGUGAAUUAAGCAACAUUAAUUGUCUUAGUUAAUUUUAUUUUAAAAUUAAAAUAAUUGCUAUUUUUCUUACAACAUUAAGCUUAAAGCUUUAUUUAUAGUUCAUUUCAUAACAUAUAUUGUUGGAAGAACAAUCUAAUGCGCACUUAAGUAAGUGACCUGCACUCACCUGCCACUCCAACAGUUUCAGUUUUGUGAUUUUUUUUUUAAAUUUCUACUGCACAUUAUAACUCCACUAUGGUCAGUGUUGAAGCUGUUAUCGAGACACAGAAGUCACUAGAGUCUGCUGUGAUGCUCAAGAUGAAGGAGUUUGAAGCUCUACUUAAGGCAUCCCCUUCAGACAAAGACAAGGUACCACAAGUGCGGGAUGAGUUUGAGUCCUUCAAGAAGAUUGUCUGGAGUAUACUAUCCCUUCUAAGACAACAGAUUGGUGAGGUCUCGAAAUCAUUAGACCAGCAGGAAGCAAGGCAUCGGAGCAAGUAUCUUCUUCUCUGUGGAGUCCCUGAGAAACCUGAUGAGGACUUAAAAGCUACUGUUUUAACUUUGCUACAAAAACACCUGGGCAUCAGUAAUUUGGACUCCUCAUCUCUUAAGUCAUGUUAUCGGCUGGGUGCCUUUGCCGAGGGUCGUUCUCGUCCUGUGGUUUUCCGAUUCACUGAUUAUGGUCUGCGUGCCACCAGCUGGAGGAAUAAGACGAAACUCAAGGGAUCCUCCUUGGUACUGCGUGAAUUCCUUACUAAGGCACGUCAAGCAGUAUUCCAUACAGCUCGGGGUCACUUUGGUAUUCCAAAUGUUUGGACAGCCGAUGGGAAUAUCAUCGUGAAAGCUCCAGAUGGUGGACGUCUAAGAGUUGCCUGCAGCGAUGAACUGACUACUACUAUGAACCAGUUCCCUAAUUCAACAUCAGCAAGCAAAGCUUCAGCCGUAGUACCUGUUGGUUGUGAUUUGUCUACGGGCAUGCCAUCUACAUCUCGGUCAAUACAGGCAAGAUCUAAGCGCAUUGUUAAGGGUGGCAAGUAAUAUAAUAUUUUAUCACAAAGGUUGCUCUUAGCUUUGCCAAUAACUUUGUUUAUAGUACUCAUGUUGCUUUUCAUUGUGUAAACAGAACUUGCUAUUAAUUUAUGAACAGAAAUCCUAUUUGCUGUAAGUCCUCACUUUUGCUUGUUUAGUUUAUAAUAUUUUAACACAAAGGUUGCUCUUAGCAUUGCCAAUAACCUUGUUUAUAGUACCCAUGUUCCGUUUUAUUGUGUAAACAUAACUUGCUACUCAUUUAUGAACACAAACACUGUUUGCUGUAAGUCCUCACUUUUGCUUGUUUAGUUUAUUUUUGCUUUUGUAUAAGCUUGGGGCAGAAUUGGUUUAUUAUUCAUUACUACACACAUUUUUUUUAUUUUUUUCGGCACUAUUUAAUGCAACAACAAACUGCUUUCACUCUUGUCAAUUAUGACAUGUGUCACUUGUAAACUAUCAUUGAUAUUGUGACAAAG